AAUUUCAGAAGCAACAGAAGAGUAAUAAAGAAGAAUUGGAUCAAGAAAGCAGCAGAUAGCUCAAAGACUUAUGAAAUUGAACUUAGCUCAGAAAUGUUAAGUUGGAAAGAAGGAACGGAAAUCGAUACAGAAAAGGCAGUACAUAGCCAAGAAGUUCUAAAUGAGAUCAAAAUAGGACCUUUAUCUGAAGAUCUGAUUAAGAAUCAAGUCAAGGAGAAAGAAAGACAAGAAGACUUGAUUACAAUUGCAUGA